AAUUCCGCCCGUGACGGGAGGAGACUCGCUGAGUGUGAUCCGACAGAGAGAGAGCGAAGCUUCCGGUUGAUGUCGCUCCUUCUGAGCCGCACGCUCACGCAGUCCUCCCUGCUGGUGCAAAGACUCAGCGGCCGACCUGCGUCCACUGUCCUCCCGUGCGCACUAAUAAAAGUCCGCCAACUCGUUGCAGAUCUUCCCACGCUGAGAGCGGCCGCUCAUUGUACAGCAGCCAUGGCCAAAAGGAGGCCCUUCGAGCGGCUACCCACGGACGUGUACCCCGUAAACUACGGGCUCUCUCUGCAGCCCGACCUGGUCAACUUCACGUUCGGCGGAAAGAUGCAGGCGAUGGUGGAGGUAAUGCAAGCUACCAAUCAGAUUGUGAUGAAUUGCGCCGACAUCGACAUCAUCACCGCCUCCUUUGCGCCUCAUGGAGGAGACGAAAUUGACGCCACGGGGUUCAACUAUCAAAACGAGGACGAGAAGGUGACCCUGUCCUUUCCUUCCGCUCUGAAGAAAGGUUCUGGCGUGCUGAAGAUCAAGUUUGCCGGGGAGCUGAAUGACAAAAUGAAAGGUUUCUACAGGAGUAAAUACAGCAACACCAUGGGAGAGACUUGCUACGCUGCCGUCACGCAAUUUGAGGCCACGGACGCCCGCCGAGCGUUCCCCUGCUGGGAUGAGCCGGCCAUCAAAGCCACCUUUGAUAUCACGCUGAUCGUCCCCAAGCACUGCGUGGCCUUGUCCAACAUGAACGUGGUGGAGCGCCAGCCGCACCCCGGCGAGGAGGACCUGGUGGAGAUCAAGUUUGGCACCACGCCCGUCAUGUCCACGUACCUGGUGGCGUUCGUCAUCGGCGAGUUCGACUUUGUGGAGAGUCAGUCGUCGGACGGCGUGCUGGUGCGCGUCUACACGCCGGUGGGGAAAGCCGAGCAGGGUCGCUUUGCCCUGGAGGUGGCAACGAAGACGUUGCCGUUCUACAAAGACUACUUCAAUGUUCCUUAUCCUUUGCCUAAGAUUGAUCUCAUCGCCAUUGCUGACUUUGCUGCCGGUGCCAUGGAAAACUGGGGCCUUGUUACUUACAGGGAGACGGCGUUGCUUAUUGAUCCAAAGAACUCGUGCGCGUCUUCCAGGCAGUGGGUGGCGCUGGUGGUGGGUCACGAACUCGCUCACCAGUGGUUCGGAAACUUGGUCACCAUGGAAUGGUGGACGCACUUGUGGCUCAACGAGGGCUUUGCGUCUUGGAUCGAGUACCUUUGCGUGGACCACUGCUUCCCAGAGUACGACAUCUGGACGCAGUUUGUGUCCGCCGACUACACGCGCGCUCUGGACCUGGACGCGCUGGAUAGCAGUCAUCCCAUCGAGGUGAACGUGGGCCAUCCGUCCGAAGUGGACGAAAUCUUUGACGCCAUCUCUUACAGCAAAGGGGCGUCGGUGAUCCGAAUGUUGCACAGCUACAUUGGCGACGAGGACUUUAGGAAAGGAAUGAACGCCUAUUUAUUGAAGUUCCAGCACAAAAAUGCCUCAACAGAGGACCUCUGGGAAUGUUUGGAGCAAGCCAGCGGCAAACCCAUCGCCACGGUGAUGAGCUCGUGGACCAAACAGAUGGGCUUCCCCAUUAUUGUGGUGGAGCAGGAGCAGCACGGCGAGGACCGCGUCCUCAAAAUCUCUCAGAAGAAGUUCUGCGCUAGCGGACCUCAUAAUGGUGAGGAUUGCCCUUACUGGAUGGUACCCAUCAGCAUCUGCACCAGCAAGGACCCCACCUGCAACAAACUCCAGGUUCUACUGGACAAACCCCAGACCAUCCUCACCCUGCAAGGCGUCACCCCCGACCAGUGGGUGAAGGUCAAUCCCGGCACGGUGGGCUUCUACCGCAUGCAGUACAGCUCACCCAUGCUGGAGAGCCUGCUGCCCGGUAUCCGAGACCUCAGCCUGCAGCCCGUGGACCGCCUCAGCCUUCAGAACGACCUCUUCUCCCUGUCCCGCGCAGGCAUGAUCAGCACGGUGGAGGUGCUGCGUCUGAUGGAGGCCUUUGUCAACGAGCCCAACUACACAGUGUGGAGCGACCUCAGCUGCAACCUGGGCGUCCUGUCCUCGCUGUUGUCCCACACCGACUUCCACGAGGACAUCCAGGAGUUUAUCCAAGACCUCUUCACGCCCAUCGGACUCCGCCUGGGCUGGGACUGCAAGGCUGGAGAAGGGCACCUGGACGCUCUGCUCAGGAGUCUGGUUCUCGGCAAGUUGGGCAAGGCGGGACACAAGCCCACCUUGGAGGAGGCCCGGCGGAGAUUCAAGGAGCACGUGGACGGCAAAAACAUUCUGCCUGCCGACCUCAGGAGCCCGGUUUAUUUAACAGUGCUGAAGCACGGCGACAGCAACACGUUAGACACCAUGCUGAAGCUUCACAAGCAAGCCGACAUGCAGGAGGAGAAGAAUCGCAUCGAGCGAGUACUCGGCGCUAUCUCGGCGCCGGACCUCAUCCAGAGAGUGCUCACCUUCGCUCUCUCGGAAGAGGUCCGUCCGCAGGACACGGUGUCUGUGAUCGGUGGCGUGGCGGGCAGCAGCAAACAUGGCCGCAAAGCCGCCUGGAAGUUUGUCAAGGACAACUGGGAGGAACUUCAUAAUCACUACCAGGGCGGAUUUUUAUUGUCCCGGCUCAUCAAGCUGACAGUGGACGGGUUUGCCGUCGACAAAAUGGCCGCAGAAGUCAAGAGUUUCUUCGAGAGUCACCCGACGCCGGCGGUGGAGCGCACGGUGCAGCAGUGCUGCGAGAACAUCCUGCUCAACGCCGCCUGGCUCAAGCGCGACGCCGACGACAUCCACCACUAUCUAAUGCAGCGCAAGGCGCCUCCCGUUUGAGACACAACCCCCCCCUUCCCCUCCGCUCCAUUCCCAUUCCCCGCCCCUUCUUCCAGGCCAGCCCCGCUCCGUCUUCCUCAGGCGGUAGAAAAUGGACCGCGGACGUUGGUUUUCUCUCCAGACGCUGAACACCGCAAAGCAAAGCCAAGAAUUACACAGACUACACGACUGCUACAUCAUUUACACCUGGACUGACAGGGAUGCUUGUUUUUAGCCCCGCCCCCGCUUAACCCGACCCCACACCGCCCCCACCAAGACUCGUCGUCAUCAUCCCCGCCUGCCUCCAGACAACUGUGAAGCCCUGUUUAUCAUGCAUGACUGGCUCAGCGUUAUCGGCCAAGUGUGUUAAAAAGGCACCAGGAGGUCGGCUCACGCUCUCCGACUUUUUACGUCGUCAAAUCAGUGCGGCCAGUCAAUAAUAGUCCGACUGGUAAUAUGAAUUCCUAACAAACUAAUCACGCGUGAGAAUCUUGAUUUGGUAUUAUUAGGCGAGUUUUUAUUUUGACUUUUCAAUUUCCCAGCACACAAAAUGCCAGUAGUACGACGAAACAAUAUCGAGCGGUGGAAAAUACAAAAUGGUCAAAUACAUUUGAGAAAGAAGUACAGUACAUUCAUUGAAUGGAAAUUGAAAAAAAAUUCUGAAAAAAAAAUAUCAAAAACCUAUAUGUGAUGUAAAAAAAUAUAAAAAAUUAUGCAAGUGCAAAAAAUACGACAACAAAAUCCCAAUCGCUUGAGAUUCUUGAUUUGGUGUUUAUUAGAGGAAAAAGUGGGGAUGUGGGCAAGUUAUUAAGUAACAAAAUGAUGGUGCAUGAAGAAAUUUGCUAAAAAAUACAAAUGAAUGAAAAUUAGAAAUUAUUUUUUAAAAUUAGGCAAAAAUACAGACAAAUGUGACAAUACCUAAUUUUGACUAAAAUAUUUGAGAGAGAAAUGAAUAAGGGAAAAUGGGGGCAAAAAUAUAUUGGCCAAAAAUAUGCUACAAAAAUACACAGGUGAAAAUAGAAAUAGAUGAAAAGUCUGAAACAUGACAAAAUGCUUGUCAUGGACAAAAUAACUAAGUAUUUCAGCCAAUACUUUUCUGUUCUAAUAAUUCUAUGAAUUCUUAUUCAGUAAACCCAUCUUACGUGAAAAUUUGUGUUGAUUAGAUUUUUUUCCCCCCUCUCAAUUUCCCAACACACUACUAGAAAAAGUUUUCCUUUUUUUUUUUUUUAAAUUUCUUUUGCUCUUUUUCUUUCUUUUUUUUUGUCUUUUCUUUCUAUCUUUCGGACAGACAGGUCAGUUGCUGUUAACACCUAGGCCAGCCACAUCCUCCAUUUUGAAGCUUUUUGUUUGAGCAAGGUUAGCGCAGUCCUACAAAGUACGUGACAGAACCUUUCUGCACCCCCGUCCCUGAAGUUUGUACAAGACCACUUGAUGAUGACUUAAUUCUCUUCUGAAACAAGAAGAUUCCCCCGGAUGACCCCCCCCAACCCCUUCCUUAUCCGGAAGCCUUAAAUUAAUUGGUCGACUGCUUUGUAGAAAGUGAAAUGAAAAGACGAAAGAAACGCAAUGAUUCUGAUUUGUGGUAGGAGUACAAGAAUAUCACAUUUAGAGUUUGAUGUCCUUUUGGAAACAUUGAGUUAUCCAGACCUCCCCGGACAUCACACCCAGGAAUAUUUAUUGUUUCGUUUCUUUUAUGUUCAAAGUAUGCUCGGUGUUCAUUAAAGUGAAAGGAUUAUA